UUACCGGAAAAUAGUUCUAAAUAAUAUAAUAAGUUCUAAAUGGUUACCCAUAGGUUUACAUGUUAAAAAAUUGUUUGAGCGAUCGCGGAUACCGUACGUGUGCGAAGAAUUGGUCGGCAUUUUUAGUACGGCAAUAUAUCUCGAUUCAAACAAGGCAAAAAUGGCUGUAGAAACUCCGAAGAUUUCAACUUCUAGAUGAGGAUCAUAUGCGAGACAUGCUGACAGCAAGAACACCAAAAAGGGCAGCCAAAUUAUUGUUUACCGAGAAACGAAUAGAAGUAUUCAGGAAACGUUUUGCAGUCUAUGACAAGAAUAACGAUGGCACCAUUACUACUAAGGAGUUGGAUGUUGCGAUGAAAGCAGUGGGUCAGGACCUUACUCAGGAAGAGCUUGCAGACACCAUCAAUGAUGCUGAUACUUAAUCGUAACGGAACUAUUGAUUUUAAUGAGUUUGUGACGAUGAUAUCACAAAAAAUGAAAAGGAAAAAGAAAAAAUACGUAAAAGCUUUCCGCAACUUGGACAAGGAUAACAAUGGAUUCCUUUGUCCUGACGAGCUGCGUCAAGCGAUGUUAACCGUUGAUCCACCGAUGACGGAGGAGGAUAUCAAGACAGUGAUCAAGAAAACCGACUUAAAUGAUGACGGUAAAGUCGACUUAAAAGAAUUCAAGCGUGCGAUAAAGGCUUCUUUUUUCAGUGGAGAUGAUGAAUGAUUCUACUUCAACAUCGACAACUUGUCCCUUUUAUUCUUAUUGAGGAAUAUGUGGGAGAGGGCGAUAUAAUCGUCUCGCAUCAUUUUUCUUCUCUUGAUUUCAUUAUGUUCCGGUGAUUUUUUUUUGAGCCGUCACUUUUUGAUUUGUUUCAUUUCUCUUUUUUCAAAGAGUGGCUCGAAUUCCACUUCACUUUAUUUCUUUACAUUUUUCAUAAUACCGUGGGUGCUCUUAAAAAUGUUUGUGUACUCCUUCCAGGAAUAAAUGUUGCGUUUUUCCUCAUCUGAAAGCCAACUAUUGGUACCGCAUUAUUAUGAUACCUUUGACAUCAUGAUUUUGUUUAUUAGUUUUUUAUUAUAGUCAUCGUGACUGUGGUAAGAAGUAGGUCGACUAACACCAAAGAAUAUCAAUGUCCAAAAAGUGCCAUGGUAUACAAGGGAGAAGAGAAAUAUUGUAACUUUCUUAAUUCUUGAUAGGCGGUAAAAGCACUUAUCUUACAUUACUUUAAUGGCAUUCAUGUGAAGGUGUCGUGGGUCAUUCACUUGACUCAUUGAAUUAAAUUGAAUGGUUUAUUGAGCAUACUGAAAAUGGCAGCACGAAGGCUGAUUAACAUUCGUUUUACAGUAAAGCACAUGAAACAAAAAGAAAUUUUAAACAACACUUGCGAGUAUACAUUCAAAGAUUAAAUUAAUAAGAUCAGUCAUUAUGACAAAACAACCUCUCCAUCUAGACCUUUAGGAAAAUCAGAGCCAUUAAUAAUUAAUGGCCCUAAAGAGAGCUAUUCAUCCGUCUUAUUUUAAGUAAUUAUUAUUAUUUGUUAUGUUCAUGUGUAUGUAUUACGUUUGUUUAUACGGAUAAUAUAUAAUAAUAUUAUGUUGAUCUCGGUUAAAUAGGCAUGAUGGGGGUGCAAUCAAUUUCAUCGAUUAAAUUGGAAGAAUUCUAAGGAACAAA